CCCACAUUACUGUUGACCCCCUAUCCAAUUUUGCAGUUUUACCAAUUUCCUUUCUCCAUUGGAUCCAACUUAAGAAAACAUCCAAAAUCCGAAACUUCAAACUCGUCAAGACUCAAGCUUGAAUAAACAACAGGAAAAAGAAGAAAGAAAGCCAAGUUAGCGCUGCUUGGAAACUGAGUUCCGAAAUUCAUUCUCGUAGAUAUAUUAUUAUCAUACGGAAUUUCAAGCAAUUCUGUUAUCUGAGAGAGGAAGGGAGCAAUGGAUCCCGACUCGGUGAAAUCAACUCUUUCUACGUUGGCAUUUGGAAAUGUCAUUGCCGCGGCAGCUCGCGACUAUCAAAAGGAAUUGCUAUCAAAUGACAAGGCAGCGACUUCAAGUUAUGCUAACGAAGUGGUUGAUCUUGAUGAGUUAAUGGAUGAUCCUGAGUUGGAAAAGUUGCAUGCUGAUAGGAUUGCUUCUCUCCGGAAAGAAGCUGAGAAGAGACAAGAAUUGAAAAAGAAAGGGCAUGGAGAGUAUAGAGAGAUUACUGAAGGAGAUUUUUUGGGUGAAGUUACUGGCAGUGAAAAAACAAUUUGUCACUUCUCCCAUCGGGAGUUUUACCGUUGCAAGAUAAUGGAUAAGCAUUUGAAGUCACUUGCACCUAAGCAUUUUGAUACUAAGUUCCUUAAAUUGGAUGCAGAGAAUGCUCCCUUUUUUGUUACAAAGCUAGGGAUCAAAACUCUCCCAUGUGUCAUCUUUUUCAGGAAUGGAAUUGCUACAGAUAGGCUGGUUGGGUUUCAGGAGUUGGGAGGAAAGGACGAUUUCUCCACAAAAACACUGGAGGCCUUUUUGUUAAAAAAAGGAAUGAUUAAGGAGAACAAACAAGACGAUGAUGAGAGAGAUGAUGAAAAUCAACGCAGGUCAGUAAGGUCAUCUGUCAAUCCUGAUUCAGAUUCAGACUGAUUAAUUGAAGGUCAAAAGCCCAUUGUCAUAAUGCCAGGAACUUAGUAAUGUUUUGUGAUCAUAUCUUCGAGAGAAGCUGUACAACCAGCAUUAUUCCUUGUUUUAAAAGUAAAAGUAAUGAUAAUAAAAACAUAUUUUCCUUUUGUAAUAUUGUGUAUUUGUGGAGGGAUUGAAAUGUGGAUAGUUUAGUAAACUAUUUACUGCUGCGGAGUACAUUUAUGAGUGAUACACUAGCAUGGUGUGUUGUGUACUUCAGUAGCAUAUACUUUGGUAGUUUUCCUCUUCUUUUAAAUUGAAGCAUCUCUUAACUAAAUUAGUGUUUGGC